AUGACCAAGGGACGCGUCUGCUUAGCUUACUCUGGCGGCCUUGAUACCUCCACGAUCCUGCGAUGGCUGAUCGAGGAAGAUUAUGAGGUCGUGUGCUUCCUCGCCAACGUCGGCCAGGAGGAGCCAUGGGAUGAGGUGGAGAAGAAGGCGCUCAAGAUCGGCGCAUUGAAGAUGAUCAUUCUCGACCUGCAGAAGGAGUUUGUCGAGGAGCUCUGCUUCCGCGCUGUGCAGUGCAACGCCUCGUACGAGGGCCGCUACCUGCUCGGAACCAGCUUGGCUCGUCCAGUCAUUGCCCGCGCCCAGAUCCGCGUUGCGCAGCAAGAAGGUUGCCAGUUCGUCUCGCACGGCUGCACCGGCAAGGGCAACGACCAGGUCCGCUUCGAGCUUGCCUUCUACACACUCCAGCCUUCCAUUAAGGUCAUUGCGCCCUGGAGGCUGCCCGAGUUCUGCGAACGCUUCAAGGGCCGCCAGGAUCUGUUGGACUAUGCUGCCCAGCACGACAUUCCCGUCACCUCGACCAAGGCGAAGCCGUGGAGCAUGGACGCUAACCUGGCUCACUGCAGCUACGAAGCUGGCAUCCUCGAGGACCCCGACCAGUCCCCUCCCGAUGACAUGUGGACCAUGACCCAGUCCCCACUCAACGCCCCCAACGAGCCCACCGACAUCACCGUCUACUUCGAGAAGGGUGUCCCCGUCAAGGUCGUCACACCCGAGAAGACCUACACCGACUCGGUCGAGCUCUUCACCGCGCUCAACAAGCUCGGCUUCACACACGGUAUCGGCCGCAUCGACAUUGUCGAGAACCGUUUCAUCGGUCUCAAGUCUCGCGGCUGCUACGACUCCCCCGCCAUGACCAUCCUGCGCCUCGCGCAUUUGGACAUUGAGGGUCUGGUCAUGGACGCCCAGGUCCGCAACCUGCGCGACCAGUUCGUGUCCCACAACUGGAGCUACCAGCUGUACAACGGCAUGUACUUCUCCCCGGAGCGCGAGUUCAUCGAGAACAGCUUGGUCUUCUCGCAGCGCAGGGUAAACGGCGAGGUGAGGAUGAAGCUGUACAAGGGCAACGCGUAUGUGUUGGGUCGCUCGAGUCAGACGGAGAAGCUGUACAGUGAGGAGGAGGCCAGCAUGGACACACUGGAUAACUUCAGCCCUAUGGACACGACAGGCUUCAUUGCUAUCCAGAGCAUCAGGUUGAAGAAGUACGGUCUCCAGAAGGCUGAGGAGGGCGCGAACAUGAGCAGAGUAUAG